AUGGCAGAAACAAUUGUUUCUGUUAUUGCUGGGGAACUCUUGAGUAAGGUGAUGUCCCUUACUUCCAAUGAAGUCUCCUUGGGAUGGGGUGUCAAGAAUGAUGUACAAGAGCUUGCUGGCACCUUAACCACCAUCAAAGCUGUUCUCUUAGAUGCUGAGGAGAAACAAACCCAAAAUGAGAAGCUGAGAGUUUGGUUGGAAAAGCUUAAGGAGGUUUGCUAUGAUGUUGAAGAUGUUUUGGAUGAAACUGAGGUGAAAGAUUUGUUGGGCCAUAAAAUCAAGAAGAUUAACAAAAGGUUGGCAAAAAUAGCUAUUGAAAAGGAUGAUUUUAAUCUCACUGAGAAAAUUUAUAGUAAUAAUAUUUUAGAUUGGGAGAGAGAAACCCACUCUUUUGUGCGCGCUUCAGAUGUUAUUGGUAGAGAUAAAGACAAAGAGGAGGUUAUGAAAAUUUUAUUGUGUCCAAAUGAUGGUCAUGAAAAUGUUUCUGUUAUUUCUAUUAUUGGAAUUGGAGGUUUAGGAAAGACCACGCUUGCUAAAUUGGUGUAUAAUGAUGACAAAGUGAGUGAUUAUUUUAAGUUGAAGAUGUGGAUUUGUGUGUCGGAUGAAUUUUCUCUAAAAAGGCUUUUGAUUGACAUUAUCAAUUCUGCGAUUGGGCAAAAAUAUAAUCACAUGAGUAUGGACCAAUUGCAAACAACCCUACGUGAUAUUAUAAGAGAUAAAAAAUAUUUGUUAGUCUUGGAUGAUGUUUGGAAUGAAAACUAUGAGUUGUGGUAUGAUUUAAGAAAUUUAUUAAUGGAGUGCGUUAGUGGAAGUAAAAUCAUAGUAACUACACGUAGUGAUCAUGUUGCCUCGAUUAUGGGAUCUGUAUCUACAUAUAAGUUAAAAGGUCUUUCUCUUAAUCAAUGUUUGUUAGUGUUUGUUAAAUAUGCAUUUAAAGAAGGUCAAGAAAAACAACAUCCCAACCUUUUAGAGAUUGGAAAAGAAAUUGUAAAAAAAUGUAGAGGUGUUCCAUUGGCAGUAAGAGCCUUAGGAAGUCUUCUUUAUUCUUCAAAUUUUGAACAAGAUUGGAUAAAUGUGAGGGAUACUGAGAUAUGGAAGCUAGAUCAAAAGGAUAAUAGUAUUUUACAUGCUCUAAAAAUAAGUUAUAAUCAUUUGUCGCCUCCUUUGAAGCAAUGUUUUGUCUUUUGCUCCAUAUUUCCAAAAGACUUCACAUUUUGGAACUUUAACUUGAUUAAGUUUUGGAUGGCCAAUGGGCUUCUCGAAGCCCCCAAUGAAAAUGAAGAUUUGGAAACUAUUGGCAUGCAAUAUAUAAAAGAAUUAAUGUGGAGAUCUUUCUUUCAAGAUAUUCAAGAUUGUGAAAAUGGUGUCUAUUCAUUUAAAAUACAUGAUCUAAUGCAUGAUGUUGCCACAUUAUUGUUCCAAAAUGAGGGCUUCAUAGUGAAAGGGAGUACCCUAAUUACUACCAAAACUUCUUAUCGUCAUUUAUUAUGUCAUUUGGAUGCAAGUCAAGAAGAGGCUCCAAGCUUUUUACCUAACCAAAUUAAUAGUGUAAGGGGUAAUUUAAGAAGCAUUAUGUUUUUUACACGUGUUGGAGAAAAUAUUACUGUUAGCCAAUCAUUUUUAGAAUUAAUUGUCUCAAGAUUUCAGUUUUUGCGGUUAUUACAUUUAUCUGGUUUAGGUAUUGAAGCAGUGCCUAAAAGAAUUGGUAAUCUGAAGCAUUUGAGAUAUUUGGAAUUAUCAUUUAACCCGAAAAUAAAAAAACUCCCAAGUUCGAUUUAUAAGCUACAAAGUUUGCAAUAUUUAUCGUUGUUUGAGUGCAAGAAACUACAAGAGUUAAGUGGAGAUGUUAAAUACUUAAUUAAUCUGCGAGGGUUAACCUUAACCACAGUGCAAAAGCAUCUACCAAAUAAUGGAAUUGGCUGCUUGAAUUCUCUUCGAUUUUUAAUUAUUCGCAAUUGUAGCAAAUUAAAAUAUUUGUGUGAAGAUAUUGGUCGCCUGAGGGUCAUUCGAAUAAUACACAUUUCCCAAUGUCCAAGUCUUAUCUCAUUACCACGUGGUGUAAGAAGCCUAAGCUCAUUAGAAGAUCUUCGUUUGGUAGAUUGUGUAAGGCUUAAUCUUGAUUUGAGCAUAGGAUCAGAUGAGCAACACAAUCAUGAAGAACUCAAUAGCACAGGGCCUCCCCUUCGAUUGCUUGAAAUUGAUAAUUUACCACAAUUGGUGAAAUUGCCGCAAUGGCUUCUUCGCUGUUCGACAAACACGCUGCAAACCUUGCGUAUUGGUAAUUGUUCCAACUUGAAGGCACUGCCAGAGUCAAUGCAAAAACUUCAAGCUCUUCGGGUUUGGAAUUGUCCUGAAUUGUCAUCUCUACCCAAGGAUAUCAAUCAUCUCAUCGCUUUGAGAGAACUAAUAAUUGAAGACUGUCCUAUACUGACGGAAAGAUGCAAACCAGAAGGAGGUGAAGAUUGGCCCAAGAUUGCUCAUAUCCCGCAGAUUGAACUUGAUGGAGAGGUUAUCAAGUCAACCGAAAAUUAGGGGAAACUUGAAUCAAAUGUAUGAGUUUUUAAUCUCAUAAAUUCUUCAAUUUCCAUGAAUUAUGAACGCUAAUUCAACCAAUUGACUGGAGGAUUUAUCCAUUUUACUUCUUCUAUGUAUUAAGCAUUGAUGUUCGAUCUACACCUUCAUGUUUUUUCAGGACUCAGGGAGAUUGAGCCAAAUGGUGCAGUUAGUAAAGCAUAUCUUCCUCUAGAUUGAUUCAGAAUUUUGGUGUUUACAAAUAUAAUUCCAAUAAAGUUUUGUGCAAAUGAACAAUUAGUACACUCUAAGUUUAUUCCAAUAAAGUUUCAGAUUUUAUUUCUUAUUAAAAAUAAAAAACAUUUGUUGUUGAAAUUCUGUUCUGCCAAAGAGUAGAUUUCAGGGUGUUGAUGUUUGAGAUGCAAAACAACAUCUUUGAUUUUUAUGGAUUCACAAGUGCAGCAAUUUAUAAUAAAUGUGUGAAGAUAUUGGUUGCCUGAGAGCCCUUCAAAGACUUUGGAAUUUUGAAUGUCCAAGUUUAAUCUCAUUACCACGUGGUGUAAGAAACUUAAGCUCAAACGAAAAACUUUCGUUGAAAGAUUGUGAAAGGCUUAAUCUUGAUUUGAGCACAGGAUCAGAUAAGCAAGACACAGGAGUUCCUCUUCGAUUGAUUCAAAUCCAUGAUUUACCACAACUGGUGAAAUUUCUGCAAUGGCUUCUUAAGUGUUCGACAAACACUUUGGGAGAACUAUUCAUUCAUGGCUGUCCAGAAUUGUCAUCUCUGCCAGAGGAUAUGAAUCGUCUCAACUCUUUGAGGGAACAAAUAAUUAAAGGCUGUCCUAAACUGAGGGAAAAGUGCAAACCAGGAACAGGUGAAGAUUGGUCCAAGAUUGCUCAUAUCCCAAACAUUCAACUUGAAGAAGAGAUUAUCAAGUCAACAAAAUAUUAGGGAAAACUUGAAUCAGAUGUGAGGGGUUAUUCAUUUUAGUUCUUCAACGUAUUUAGCAUUGAUGUGGGAUCUAUUGUCUUCAUGUUUUUCGGAAAUGUUGUGAUCAAUGUUAGCAUGCCAUCUGACAUUGAAGAAUAUAAAAGUUUACAGACAAUGGAUUUGGUUUUCAACAACUUGAUUGUCAAAUUUCAAGUGCUUUGUUCAGCAUUGAUACUCUUACUUGUUUCUUGGAAACAAUGGCCUAUCAGGAACCGUUCCUCAGCAAAAGGCUGUACAUCUUAAAAACAUGGAUUUAUCUUACAAUUAUUUCUCGAGUUAUGAUUUGAUGUACUACAUCCCUAGCAAGUAUACUUCAUGCUUCGAAGUAUAAUUGAUCUAUGCAUUGGACUGAACAGGAAUCUAGUGGCCAGCAAUUUCAUGUUUGACGGCUCAAACAUCUGGUUGGUUAUAGUUCCUUUUUCAAAAUAUAAGAUGUCAGAUUUUUUCUUUUGAAAGAAUGCACUUGCUGAAAGAAAAAAAUGACUCAACAUAUAUAGGCUCAGCAAUGGGAUAUGCUGCGCUUUAACAAACAUAACUGGUAAUGUUCUCUGUGCUUGCCAGUAUUCUCCCCGGAUUGAAUUGUUUGCAGAGAAAUUUCCCCUACAGUAAGAAUGCUCCAUGUUAUUCAAGUUUUGCAAUCUAGUGUGGUGGUGAAGAAAUGAAAGUUGAUAGCAUAGUGUAUAAGGCUGAUAACAAUGAUAUUGGUGGAGCUUCUUCUAAUCUACUUGAUGCAGAAAAUGGGGCAACUAGUGAUGCUGAUUUGUUUUCUCAUCGACAAUCAACAGAUUCAACACACAUGUUCAAAAUACCAACUCACAAGUGACUGGAACUGUAGCCCCAAAGCUUUAUCAGUCUUCAAGGCAAUCCUCUGGAUCACUUAGAUAUUAUGGACUUAGUCUGGAGAAUAGACCUUACAAUGUAAGCUUGUCCUUUGUAGAGGCAACUUUUUGGUAAUCAAGGCUCACAAACAUGGAGGAGUCUUGGAAGGCAUGUUUUUUAUAUCUUUGCUCAUGUGAACUUGCUGGAGAAUUUUGGUUCUUGUCCUUGAAUACACAGCUUCUACCAUUGCAAUUUCAUCUAUUUACUCUCAUAAUUGAUCCUGUAGGGAACUCUGCAGUUAAUAAAAAUUUGGCAUAUCAAAAAAAGCAGGCGGAAAUAGUAUCGCAAUGACAAAGAAAUGUAAUGUUAAUGCAUCUGAGAACCAUAUUGAAAUCCACCUUUUUGGGUUGGUAAAGGGAUUUGUUGCAUCCUAGUGUCAUUCUAGAUAAGAAGAAAUAAUGAUGUUGCAGAAGACAAGUGUCCAAGGGAUUUUUAAAAUAAUAAUAGUUGAAGUCUCGUAAGUCAAGCUUGCUUGAGAGAUAUGAUUUAUGGUCGUAGAUCUACUACUGCAGGAUACGCUUUCAAUGGAAGGGCGAUAUCUAUGAAGCAACUUCCACUAGGAUCCCAUCAAAGGAAAAAUCAGUUUGUUAAUGAAAUAGCUACCAUAUUUGUAGAGCAACAUUGCAAUCUUUUUAUUAUCCAGUUGUUACAUCAAGGGAACUUGACGCCUUCGUGUAAAUUAGUAUCUUGAAAAACAAAGGUCUCGAUCAAGUAUUGUUUAGUAUGAAGACACUAAUUGAUAAUCAAUCUUAGUUUACAAUUUC